CACGGGCAAUUCAGAACUACAUCUUAAAACAGGAGAACAGCGUCUUUGGAAGUCUUGCUGUAAGUCAUGCGAGAUAUUUGGCCACAGUGAAAUAACUGCAAAUAUAUAAGGAGUGAGAAACAGCGCCUGAGGAUUCAUUCAACAUCUCUACAGCCUACGGUGUUUUUGAGUAUAAAUGGCUGGCAGAGGUACAAACGGUCGUCAUGGGUUGCGGGGCCACGCAGGGAGAACCGCAGCUCUAGCCCGGCUUCUUCACAAGGAAUGCAUCCAACUCCUGGAGUCAUACAGAAACAGUGAAUCACUGCCGUCCUCACCGGUUGCCGGAGAUUAUUUAGUAUCCACUCCUCCGUUGGUUCCUCAGCUGUCAGAUGCAGAAAAAAUAUCUAUCCUGCACGCUGCGCUCAAGGAGUGUCUGCGACUUCUGGAAGAUGUCAUUACCCGGGAGGACGCAGAAUUUUCCGAUGAAGACAGCGAGUAUAGGAGAAAACGGAAAACUGUGAGGGACCGUCUGGGGCACCUGUUGGCAAGCACAGAGCAGCUACUAGUGGAUGGCCAGAAAUUUGAAGCUGAAGUUAAAGAGGAGCUGGAUGGUCAGGCAGCCAGUGGGAGUUUCGGUCUGAAGAUGUGGAUUGUGCGAGUGCUGCAGGACCUUGUGCACUGGACCGGCCAAACAUCAGACACCCUCCGCUCUCUGCCAGCAGAGAUGGUGAAAGCACCAAAGACAAUGUCCCGAAGGACAAGAAGAGGCACCGGGAAAAUAAGGAAGUGAGACUAGAUCUGUGAACUUAAAACACAAAAAAAGAGAGUGAAAGGGUGGAGCGGAAGAGGACAGAAUGAUAAGAAUGAGGAGAAGGAAUUUCAUUACAGCAUGGAGAAUGUAGAGAGUCAGAGGAUCUGGAUGCAGUCACUGGAAUUCAGCAUUCCAGCAUGUGGAAAGCAGCAGGGGUGGGUCUGAACAAGAUAUUAUCUUAUGAAAGUUAUUUUAAUAUAUUUCUUGUACCGUUUGGUUUUAUUACCUUUUAAGAUUGUUGACCAAAUAUCUCCUUUUUUGUUUGGAUAUCAAACUUGCUGUAUGCAUUUAUUUGCAUUUAUAAGGGAUAGUUCACACAAAAAUGAGAAUUCUGUCAUCAUUUACUCACCCUCAUGUCGUUCCAAACCUGUGUGCAUUACUUUCUUUUGUGGAGCACAAAAGAAAAUAUUUAAAUAUAUUCAUCUUAUUCUAUGUACAGAUUUGGAUGGACAUGAGCGUGAGUAAAUGAUGACAGAAUAUUCUUUUCUUUUUUUUGAGGGAACAAUCCCUGGAAAUUUCUCUUCAAAAUGAUAACCUACUGAUACAAAUAUCUUGAAUAAUCUACUGAACAAGCAACGAUGUAUACCUUAAAAAGGCUGCUUCACAUUUAUCAUACAAAUGCUUCUUAUUCCUUACAUGUGCAGUGUUAUUAAGUGUACCAUCUGUUGAUGUUUGUUUGGAUUAAUUCCCCCAUCCACACUCAUGGAGCACUCAUGCCCUCUGCUGGCUGUAUAAAGUUCUGCUUUUUAUUCCAGGUCAACUUGUCAGACGUGACUCUGGUCAUCUAGUGACAGAGAAAAGUCUACAAACAAGCCCUUUUUCGUGAUGAUUGAAGUCAUCGUACCUUUACACUGAUUUUAACAUGUUUAAUAUCUAGUCAAAAUAUAUAUCUUAGCGAUGCCCUGGUAUGGCCUAUGACUUAAGAGACGCACUGUAUCGAGGAGAACUCUGGUGGAAGAGCAUUAAGGAUUUAGCACCUGGUUAUUGUAUGAAGAUGACUGGAAUUGGUAAAUAAAGAAAAACAUUACCAUUUAAUUAUUUAUUAUUAUUAUUAAUAUAUGUGUUUUAAACUUGCACUGCAAUAAAUGGCAAUAUCUGAACUGUCA